AUGGUCAAAGCUAUCAUCGCCCCCUCGAUCCUUGCGUCCGAUUUCGCCAACUUGGGGUGCAAUUGCCACAAAAUGUACGACUCUGGCGCCGACUGGCUCCACAUCGACGUCAUGGACGGCCACUUUGUGCCCAACAUUUCCUUGGGUCCUCCGAUUGUGAGUUCUUUGAGGAAGGAGUUCCCCAGAAAGGCCGAAAAGACGUUUUUCGACUGCCACAUGAUGGUUUCCGAGCCGGAGAAAUGGGUGCCGGAGAUUGCCAAGGCUGGCGGGGACCAGUACACUUUCCACUACGAGUCUACCAAGGACCCCAAGGGCCUUAUCAAGUUAAUCAAGGAACACGGCAUGAAACCCGCCUGUGCGGUGAAACCGGGCACGGAGGUUGAUGUUUUGUAUGAGCUUGGCGACGAGUUGCACAUGGCGUUGGUCAUGACGGUCGAGCCUGGUUUCGGUGGUCAGAAGUUCAUGCCCAACAUGAUGGCCAAGGUAGACGCCUUGAGAGAGAAGUUCCCUCAAUUGAACAUUCAGGUUGACGGUGGUUUGGGCAGAGAGACCGUGGUGCCUGCUGCCGAGGCUGGUGCCAAUGUCAUUGUAGCUGGUACGUCGUGCUUCACGGCUCCGGAUCCAGUGGAGCUUAUUGACUUUAUGAGGGAGACGGUGAACAAGAGCUUGAAGGCGAGGGGCGUGUACUCGUGA